AUGCCCGUAUCCUCUUUCUAUCACUCGCCCGCACUAUCCAACUUGUCCCAGACGCGCUCGAACCAGAAAAUUUCAAGCCAGCAGACGCCAAGGGUCUUGACGUCCCCAUACACCACACCAGAUUCUGGCCAGCCCGUCGUUCGGUUCUCGUCCCAACAGUCUGCUGAGACUAAUCAGGACUAUGGCCCCAACAUAAAUCUAGUUGUUUCCGCCCUUCACAAGGCGAAAAAUCUGGUGGAAACCCUCGAGGUCGCUCGACAAGCUGGUGUGUCCGAAACCCACGAGAGAGAGAUGUUUGAUACCAGGCUCCAGGCCGAAGUGGAAAAGCAGAACGAGUUGGAAGCCGAGCUAGUGAGCGAGAAGAAGCAGAACCAAGACCUCCGCCUGGAGCUGCACGACAUCAAGUACCAGAACACACUCAUCGAGGCCCGGAUAGUCACGGAGAAAGAGCAGAAAGAGGCCCUGUACCAAGAGCUGCAGGGCCUCCGAGUCACUCAGCUGACGAACGCGGCAGAGAAGGGCGGCCUUCAGGCAGAGAACGCCGGCCUUCGGGAUGAGUUAAGCGACACCAAGGCUAGACUCAAGAAGCUGGAGGACAAAAUGGCCGACCACCACAUGGACGCCCCGAAAGGUCGUGAUGACAGCAACACUCAGAGCGACAAGAAGCACAGCGAAAUUCUGCAGGCCAUCAAUAGUCUGCAGUCGCCACAACCCCUCGAUUUGCAGAUAACGGCGCGCAAGAGAGGUCGCAAAAUCUCCGUCUCUGAGAACGUCCCACUCACACACGUCUGGCAGAGCCGACUCAUCAGACUGACAUCCAACCUAAACAGGUUCGAUGUCGUUCAGGACCCCGAAAGCGAAAACUCCCCGACCUACAAGUCCAUCUUCCUCGAGCUCGUUCCUCUCCUGAGCGCCCAGCGAGGUACACCCGGAUUUGACGCCUUCUUGGAGUACUCGAGAUCUGGCUCGACUUAUUGCAUCGUUCAAGCGCUGCGGGAAGUCAACGUUGAGGCAGGUCAACAGGCUGAAGCCCUCAAACGCAACGGCUGUAAGGAUCACAAGGGCAUAGGCGAGUGUCUGAGGGCGGAGUGCCGCAUAUCCGAUGAUGGAAAGGACAGGGGCUCGCGGGUACACCAACUCAAUCUCACCAGAGACCCCUACUGCACCUCCGUCGCCAAAAUGAGUCGCGCACAGCAGAAGCACGAUCCCCACACCCCCCACCGCAUCGGCCAGCUCGUUGAGCCGGACUCGGACGGCUACGUUGUCCGCCGCUUUCCGACCGACCAUGUCGAGGUCUACGGCGACAAUCCCACCAACCUGGAGAUCCCCGGCGGCACCGGCCACUUCAGCCUCCUCCACGUCCGCUGCCACGCAGCGCCAGCCGCGGCGGACCAGAAGCCCUCGUGCCACACCGACUCCCUCGUCGUCGCCGUCCACGGCGUCUGCCCCCCUCAGAACAGCCCGGGCCAGCCGCCGACGAGGUCCGCCGUCGGCGUCUACCUCGGCCCCAACAACGUCGCCAACCGCGCCUGCCGCAUCCCGGACGCGGCGGACCGCGGCCACGUCAUGCGCGAUACGGACGGCAGCGACAGCCGCGACCGCCCGCAGCACACGCAGCAGCGCGCCGACCUGUAUGCCGCGAUCGCGGGGCUGAUGGAGGCAGCGCGGCUCGCGCAGCAGGGGCUACCGUCCCCGCGCGGGGCCGGCAGGGCGCCGGCGCCGUUCAAGCUGCACCACGUCGUGGUCAAGAGCGACUCGGCGUACCUGGUGGAGGGCGUGGCGGGCGGGCGGAGCGGGGAGCCGCCGCACAUGAAGAAGUGGCUGGCCAACGGGUGGAAGAACACCAAGGGGGAGAAGGUCAAGAACGAGGACCUGUGGGACAACCUGAUGCUCACCAUGAUGUCGCUGGGCAAGCUGGGCGUGGCGGUGGAGUUCUGGCAGGUGCCGAAGAAGGAGAACAAGGAGGCGGACAGGCUGGCAAAGCACGCGCUCGAGCAGGACGUGAACUGGUUCGAUGAGAAGGGCAUUUUCGGCAAGGACGAGCACAAGGGCGAUAAGACGCCCGAGACGGCCAAUGACGAACUGGUGGCGAUGGAGUGA